CACAACAUUUGCACUUCUUCAAACCAAACCUGCCACUAUAGCAGACUUUCUUGAAACGCUGACGAAGUUUAGUUUCCAUUUUAUAAUUUGACUAAUGUCCAAAUUAAUGUAGCCGGUCUGAUAAAGCUCCAGCGUAUCAGCGUGUGUAAUUUUUAGCGAGAUAAAGCCUCAUGUCCCCCCCAGGACAUGUAACCAAAUUAGCAUCUUCAGCAACCUGUUGCCGGGGUGCCAUGUAACCAGGCUACAUUAAAAGGAAGCCUGCUGUAAGAAGUGAUCAACAUGUCCUUCGAGGAAGAGACUUCUCAGACUUCCUCUUCUUCCUCUUCCCCCCCUCCCUCCUCCUCCUCCUCACCUCCUUCUGCCUCACACUUCAUUGGAAGGAAGGAGGACAUUGUCAAGACAGGGCGCGUGACCAAGCUUGUGAAUGGAUGCAGAGAUGUGCUGGUCCUGUACCACCAGGGGCAGCUUCACGCAAUGGACAUGCGCUGCUACCAUUCAGGUGGUGCAUUACAGUAUGGAGACAUUGAGGAAUUUAAUGGUCGGGCGUGCAUCGUGUGUCCAUGGCACAAGUACAAGAUCACACUAGCAGAAGGGGAGGGGCUUUACCAAGCUGUGGACGAUCCUACAGCCAGACCCCUGAGAACUCACUGGCGCUCCAAGGGUGUCAAACAGAGGAUUCACAAGGUCACCGAGGUCAACGGGGAUGUAUAUGUAACGCUGAACAACUCCAGCGAGGCUAUCGAGUCAGACGUCUACCAGACUGAGAAAUACAGAGCUGUGUUACUUCCAGCCGAGCCAAAACCCAAGCCCAAGAAAUAGCAAGAUUCUCAAGGACUGACUGACUGCUCAACCAAAAAUAUACUUCAAGGACAAUUUAGGAAGCUUUGAAGCUUCAAGAAGAGUGUGUGCAGAAUGUGUGUUUCAAUGUGGUUUGUUGUGGCAAGAUCAGAAAACAUGGCAUUACUGCAGACAUUGAUCAAAUCAGUAAAUAUUUAAUGUAUAAAUGUCUGGCAUUUAUGACUACAUUCAAGAACAUCUUUUUCUACAGAAUACUGGGGAUUGUAAUGAUUUUAACAUAUAUGUAUUUUUGAUAGAAAUGAUUACUGAUUAUUUUUAUGUCACCACAAGUUGAUAAUCUGAUCAGAUUUUGUUGUACCUUUCUGCAAAUUUGCAUAUUAAAGUAUUUUAUUGAUACUUAA